UGCUGUUAGAAAAUGCUGGAGCUGAAGACAAGGCUUUCAUUGCAGCACACUGUACUGGGAAGCAUGUUACUUCUGGGCACGUGCUGUCUGCAGGGAAGAUAGUUGUUUGCUGGUUUGUAUUCCUUCUUGGAUUGCUAUCAAGGGAGCUAAGAAAGGAUGUAGACAUGUUGUUAAUGUCUCUCUUCAAGCUGUAUUUGAGGAGACCAGCUUUUAUAGUGCAUCCAUAGGAAGCAUCUCCACUACAGCCUUUCACCGCACAAGGAGACAGACUGAAAAUGUAGGCAGCUGGCAAAUGUGAAAGCAAUGAAGAGGUGUUCUGAGGUUGGCAGUGCUUUUUAUAGUACACACAUUUUCUGGGAAGGGCAUAAGAAGAGAGAUAAGCAGGAGAUGAUUGUGGCAAUCUGAGAAGUAGCUGUAGCAGACCAAGAUGUUCCAAAGAGAAGAUCACAGCCAAAAGGUCCUAAGGCUCCAUCAGCCACCAGAUGAUCAUGCUGCAGCAGCAUAGGUGUUGCUAUGAGGAUCAGAGGGUGCCUUGUCUGCUUUGCAGCUUGUCUUUGUGUCCUGCUGGGUAAACACUAGAGAGGCAGAGCAGGUGUUGUAAGAGAGCUGACGAGCCAGUUCCUGCACAUACAUGCAUCUGUAUGAGAGUACUACAAGUGCAAGGGCCUCUGCGGCACUGCAUGAACGGCAGAGCUGUCACGUGUGGGGGGCUAAGACUUUGCUCUUGCAGAGAUGAUGCUCCGACGAGGAUUUAUUCUAUUUCUCCCCCGACUAGUAGGCCUGCUAGUGGUGGCCUGUUGCUCAGUGUCUAUUGUUUACAUGUUGGCUUGCACACCCAAGGGUGACAACCAGCAGCUUUCUUUGCCCAGAGUGCACAGACCGACUGCCAAGGAGGGAUAUGAAGCAAUUCUGCAAGAGCAAGAAGAGCAACACCGCAACUACAUCAUCAGCUUGAAGAAACAAAUUGCCCAGCUGAAGGCUGAGCUCCAAGGCAGGAGUAAGCAGCUUAAGCAUGUGCAGGGCCAGCACCCAGACCCCUUGGACAUUCGGCUUGACCACAGUAACCCGGAGAAGUCCCAGGCUAACCUGCUGGCUUUCCUCCGCUCCCAGAUAGACAAAGCAGAGGUGCACAGUGGUGUUAAGCUGUCCACAGAGUAUGCGGCUGUGCCCUUUGAGAGCUUCACCCUGCAGAAGGUGUACCAGCUGGAGACAGGGCUGACACGCCACCCAGAAGAGAAGCCUGUAAGGAAGGACAAGCGAGAUGAGCUGAUAGAGGUGAUUGAGUUAGCUGCUGGGAGCCUGAACAACGCAGCGGGGGAUGGCAAUGUGAAGCACCACGUGUACACUGCCUCUGACUUCGUUGAAGGGAUCUACCGCACAGAAAAGGACAAAGGCACGUUGUACGAGCUGACCUUCAAGGGAGACACAAAACAUCACUUCAAGAAGAUUGUUUUAUUCCGGCCAUUCGGCCCGGUAAUGAAAGUGAAAGAUGAAAAUGUCAACACAGCUGACACACUUAUUAAUGUCAUUGUGCCCUUGGCCAAGAGAGCCAGCAAAUUUCAGCAGUUCAUGCAGAAUUUCAGGGAAAUGGGCAUUCAGCAGGAUGGGAGAAUUCACCUCACUGUAGUUUACUUUGGAAAAGAACAAAUGAAUGAAGUUAAAUCAAUACUUGAAAAUACCUCUAAGUCAGCCAACUUUAAGAACUUCACCUUCAUCCAGUUGAAUGAAGAAUUUUCCAGGGGCAAAGGAUUAGACGUUGGUGCUCGAUUUUGGAAAGGAAACAAUGUUGUUCUCUUCUUUUGUGACGUGGACAUAUACUUCACAGCUGAAUUCCUCAACUCCUGCAGGCUGAACACACAGCCAGGGAAGAAGGUGUUUUACCCUGUCCUCUUCAGCCAGUACAACCCCAGUAUAAUUUAUGGCCACCAUGACUCCAUCCCAUCUUUAGAACAGCAGCUGGUUAUUAAAAAAGAAACUGGAUUUUGGAGAGACUUUGGAUUUGGGAUGACUUGCCAGUACAGAUCUGAUUUUAUCAACAUAGGUGGCUUUGAUCUGGACAUUAAAGGCUGGGGUGGUGAAGAUGUCCAUCUGUAUCGCAAGUACCUCCACAGCAACCUCAUCGUCAUCCGAACGCCUGUCAGGGGUCUCUUCCAUCUGUGGCACGAAAAACAAUGUCUGGAUGAGCUGACCCCAGAGCAGUAUAAGAUGUGCAUGCAGUCCAAGGCCAUGAAUGAGGCUUCUCAUGGCCAGCUUGGGAUGCUUGUUUUCAAGCAAGAGAUUGAGACACACCUUCAGAGGCAGAAACUGAGCAGUAAGAAGACAUGAAGCCAGAAAGGAAGGCAAAACCCCCUCUCAACUGGACUAUAAGGUGUUUUAGAAAAGAGUUGCCAAGAAGAAAAGAUGGGAUGAGACUGAAAGAGGAUGGAAAUUCCAGAAAGAGAGCAGCAAAAGAAAAUGAGGGAAGGUGCUUGCCCUCCCUUCUUCCUUUUCUUCUCUCUCUCUC